ACAAACAGUAGCAGCACAGUAGGCCCCUACACCAAUGCCAUCAUUGUAGUCCAUAUGCAGUACAACUUUACCGCAUUUGUCACUGUAUGGUGGUUUGUGCUUAAAUAAUACAACAAAAGGAGAAGGUUUCUGGCAGUGCGAGACAAGUUUUUUUUAGCAGUAUUGGGCUCUCUCCACUAUGAGGUGUUUGACGUCCUGCUAACCACUACCAGACCAUUGAAAGAGGAGCCAGUAGAAGCAGGGUAAACUUAAGUGUUUGGGAUUUUCUGAGCAAAGUGGCUGCAGUGCCGCCGCAAUGCGGUCCAUCCACUCCUCCUGGCUUGAGAGUGUUGGCAAGCUCCUCCGAUCCCCAAAAUGAUGGUUGCAAGUCGACCUCAAGUCAAGGUGACCAUGGCCAUACCGGCUGCUCUGAUCCCACCAACCCCUCUGGUCCCACCGCCAACGAUCUCGACUCCCUCCGCGACGACGUCCCCGCCGUCGACAACUUCAUCACCAUCUCCAUCCCUGGCUCCCCCAUCCGGACCCGGACAGAACCUGUUCAGAUCAGAGCUCCUUACCACCGGCAGCCCGGGCAUCCCGAACGCGGGUCUUCCUCCCGGCAAACCCGUGUACUCAACCCCGUCGCCUGUUGAAAACAUACCGCAAAACAACGAGUGCAAGAUGGUCGAGUUGCGCGGUGCCAAAGUGGCCUCUUUCACCGUGGACGGCAGCGAGCUCAUCUGCCUUCCUCAGGCUUUCGACCUGUUCCUGAAGCACCUGGUCGGCGGACUGCACACGGUCUACACCAAGCUGAAGCGGCUGGAGAUCACGCCGGUGGUGUGCAAUGUGGAGCAGGUCCGCAUCCUCAGAGGGCUCGGCGCCAUCCAACCUGGAGUGAACCGCUGUAAACUCAUCUCCAGAAAAGACUUCGAGACUCUGUACAACGACUGCACUAAUGCGAGCUCCAGACCCGGCCGACCUCCGAAGAGGACCCAGAGUGUGACAUCGUCGGAGAACCCCCACAUCAUGCCCCACUCAGUCCCUGGCCUCAUGUCCCCUGGCAUGAUCCCACCCACAGGCCUGACAGCAGCGGCGGCAGCAGCUGCCAACGCAGCCAUCGCAGAGGCCAUGAAGGUCAAGAAGAUCAAGCUGGAGGCGAUGAGCGGCUACCACGGCAACGCCAACCACCAUGGGGCUGACGGGGAGAAUGGAGACCUCAGCUCUAGCGUCGGCCUGGAACUCCCCUUCAUGAUGAUGCCACACCCCCUGAUCCCAGUCAGCCUGCCCCCAGCCUCUGUCACCAUGGCGAUGAGCCAGAUGAACCACCUCAGCACCAUUGCAAACAUGGCUGCCGCAGCACAGGGCCAGAGUCUGCCCUCCAGAAUGGUCACCUCUGUUAUAAAGGAACGGGUGCCGGACAGUCCCUCCCCUGCUCCUUCCUUAGAAGACCACAGGAGGCCAGGCAGUCACCCAUCAUCUCACCGCAGCAGCAGCGUGUCCAGCUCACCAGCCCGUACAGAAAGCUCCUCAGACAGGAUACCGAUACACAACAAUGGCCUGUCCAUGAACCACGCCCUUCUAGGCCUGUCCCCCAACAUCCCACCUGGGCCUAAAGAGGGAGACCUGGCCCACGACAUGAGCCAUGAAUUAAAGAGGAUGCACACUGACAAAGAGGACAACUCCAUGUGUACCCCGACAGCAAGAGAUAGCUACGAGAGGUUGUCAUUUGCUGGACAGGCCCUGCCUCCUGGCUUCCCCUCCCCAUUUCUCUUCCCAGAUGGCUUGUCGUCAAUAGAAACUCUUCUCACCAACAUACAGGGCCUGCUUAAAGUGGCUAUUGACAACGCGCGGGCUCAGGAGAAGCAGGUGCAGCUGGAGAAGACAGAGCUGAAGAUGGUUGUUCAAGAGAGGGAGCUCAGGGAGACUCUGGAGAAGCAGCUCGCCAUGGAGCAGAAGAACAGAGCAAUCAUUCAGAAGCGUCUGAAGAAGGAGAAGAAGGCCAAGAGGAAACUCCAAGAAGCUCUGGAGUAUGAAUCCAAGAGGAGAGAGCAGGCUGAGCAGACCCUGAAGCAGCCCUCGCCCUCUGACAGCAUGCGUUCACUCAACGAAUCUCUGACCCCUGAGAUGGAGAGUGACCGCAGCAGUGGAAGAACAGAUGCUGAAAGGACAAUACAAGAUGGAAGACUGUUCCUGAAAACCACAGUGAUGUACUGAUAAGGCCGUGAGGAGCUGGAGGAAAUAAAAAUUUCAGAAAAAAGAAGGGAAAAAAAAAAUGAAAGAAAAGAAAACUCAUGAACAUUCUCAAGAGCCCUUAUCCAGGCUGAUUUAGUAAGAGGCAAGAAGUCGUGCUGCUUGUAGGCGUUGAAUGGAAAAUGCUGUGUUCACCCAAAUGCUGGAGGAGGUUGUGUCUGAAUGUAGAAUAAGAAGUCUUUUUUCUCACAGAUGGCCGACAUGAAAUAGUUUGAUAGAGCAGCUUUUGACGUAGUGGGUUGGUCGACGUGAAGGAUAAACAUAUAUAUUGAGCACAGUAAAAAAUGUACCCAUGGUACACUGUUGGUAAUAAAUUCACAGCACUGAAGAUUUUUAUACUGUAUCUCAGCCAGCGAGAAAGCUUCGAAAAAGAAAUUGGACUGAAGUUUGUUUUGUAUUUCAAAUUGAAUUUUGCGAAGCUAAAAAUGACACGUGGAGAUGAACCUUGUGAGGGGGGAAAAAAAAUGUGAAUCUAUCCAUGUGUUCAUCAAAAGAGAAGACUGAUGUUUGAUUUUCAUGUUUUCUAAAUUAGAUGACAAUACAAUCAAGUUUCCUUUUUACCAUUGUUGUAUAUACAAGAUCUGAUGAUGAUGAGGACAGUAAAACUCGCUCUAUCGAACCCGAGUGGAUUGAUGAGUUAUGUGUAUAUAACGUUAAGAGGUAUUGUGUAUGCAGUAGAGCUAUUAGGCAAACAAUACCACCAUUUAUAUAAACCUACAGUUUUGUUUUGUUCUAUUUCUGAGCCAUCAUUCUUUCCUAUAGCUGCCAUUUUGGUGAGAAAGCAUGCAGGCAUGUAAAUGUUUGUCCUGGAAUUAUGAUAUUUAAUAAAUCCUAUAUUGUGCUGAACAAAUACUAGGGUUGACUCACUCAAGCCCAGAUGAUUUUGAAAACAUAAUUAUCAAACAUUUCACUUUCAAAAUGAAGACUUUUGCUGUCGAUAGUACUGUAAUCUUUGUAACAAAGGUAAUAUUUCUUGGAAUUUACUGUACAUUUUUUGUCAUGAGGCACUCAAAAUCAGCAACUCUCAAUGCUUUUUUAAAAAGAAGAUAUCCAGACUGAUUAUGAUCACGUGUCAGUUUGAGAAACAGUCAUCACACAACUUUUUUCGAGACUGAAUGCCAUUUAAUUACAUUGCUCAAAUCCCUGUUGAACGUACACAAACACAGUUCUCGUUUCUCUUUUAGAGUGUUUGAAAAUUUCCUGUUACUUUCCCUAAAUGCGUUUUGAAUUUUGGUGCUGUAACACCUGUGUAUAUUCUCUAGACAUAAGCUGAUGUCAGUCCUUUAACUGAAGAACAGUUUAGACCUUACGUGUUACGAUCAGGAGAGGAGUGUCCCAUGUUCACAAUGUGUUUGUUCUUUUUGUUCUCAAUGGAGUGUCUAGGUCUGUUGUCACUGAUAACUUAUAUAGCUUCUCGAAUCAUCUCUUCAUUGUACUUCAAAUUCAAAUAAAGUCAACAUGUUGAUGAUAAACUAUGUGAGUUAACUAUGUUGCCCGAACACACUUCUCUGUCGCACUUGUGUUUGAAAACGCAGAGUGGUUUUGAGGUAGAAGUCACACUGAUUUAGCAUUCCAGAUACGGCUUAAUACAGAAGACAGCCAAACAUAACAGUUCAAGGGGAUCUGAUACAAAUGUAAACUAGUGUUAAAGGCAGCUCCUUUUUUUGGUUUUGCGAUUCUGAGUCAUCUUUGUGUAUUUGGCGUAUUCGUUUUUGAGACCUUUACAAUCAGCACUCAGUCUCGUAAUUCAUUUCAAUGUAUUAUGUAUGACCUGAAAAAAAAAUGUGCAGGUAUACUGUAGAAAAAUAAAUGAGCAUAUUGUUCUUUGCUUAAGAAAAUGCAAUGAGUAAUCAAAUGUUGAGAAUAUCUUGUGUAACCUUUCCUUUUCACUGAGUGUCGAUGCGAGAGUGGUGUGUGUGUGUGUGUGUGUGUGUGUGUGUACCCUUUGACUUGCAUGUGUGAGUGUGUUUUUUAAAAAAGACAAACAUGCUAAUCCUAUAUAAACUAUGUAAAUGAGGGUGUGACCGAGCUCACUGUAAAUAAAUUAUUUCAUGU